AAUUGUACGCCAAUGUUGAUUAACUGGUUAUCGUUAUUUUCUGGUAAAUCUCAGAAGAGACUCAUAGUAGACUGGAAUCUCCAAUUCAGUUGGUGAUUCGUUGUCAGAGUAUAUUCUGUGAUUUUCGAAGUGGACUUUUUUCUAAUAUGAGGGCAAUAUUAGUUUUAGCUGUAGUCGUCGCAGUUUGUGGAGAUCCAUUCGAUGACGACACUUACCAUAUAUACAUACAUAGUACUAAGGGAAAUAUAACUAAAGAGAAACUGACAACAAAGAAAGAUGUAGGUGUUCUAGACAUAUCCUUCGCAACGAUUGAGGGUAUAGAGCCUUCUUCAUUUUGUGCUCUUCCCAAUCUGAAAACCCUCUACAUAAAUGGAAAUUCCAAGUUCCCUAGAGUUACAAAAGAGCUCUUUCAAUGCAAUCCCAAACUUUCGUAUGUGACUUUUGUAGCAUAUGAAGACGCUCAUCAACAGAUGGAUAGAAAUGCUUUCACCGAUUUGAAACAGCUCAAUUUGUUGAGGAUCAAUGGAGUUAUCUUCAAAAGAAUUGGAAAAGACAUGUUUACAGGUCUAGAUUUGGAAAUACUAAAUCUGGUUAGUUGUAAUAUCGAAGAAAUAGAUGCAGAUGCCUUUUCUACAUUGACCAAUUUAAAAGAAUUACACCUGGGACACAAUCAGCUAAAAAAUUUCAAACCAGGAACGUACCAGAAUUUGCCGAAACUGACCGAGUUACAACUAAACAAGAAUUUAAUAGGUGCAAUAAACUGGGAAGAAUGGAACACUCUCCCAUCCCUGAAAAGUAUUGAUUUUGCGGAUAAUCCUCUCACAGUAGUUGAUGUCUCCAAAAUUAAAAAUUAUUUCCCGAAAAUCCAUUCAUGCAACUUAGGAGAUGCCUUCAAUAAGAGUCGAAAAGCUGAAAUCAUAGAAGAGAGCAAAAAACUAAAUGUUUCUAUUAAAUUCAUUGAUUAUUACAGGUCGUAUGUAUAGAUUUAUAUUGAAAAUAUCAUUCGUAAAAAAAAGCUCGCAAAGAUUUGA